AUGAAUUCCUCUGGGAACUUGGAUCUGAGUGAUCCGGAACAACCUUCUGACCAGUCAGCCCCCGAUGCUGCUGACAUUCAGAAAUCGAACGCUGGCGCAUCCUCUCAGCCGGUCUCUGCAUCGGCCGCAUUGCCUCCGAGUGCUUCCGAGCCCGCGGAGGGUGCCGAAGCACCCAAGAAGCGCCAUCUGCUGAUCCCAAUUCCCUCGCGACGGUCCUCCAAGACAGAUAAACAAUCGGCUUCGGGAAAGGCCGAGGAGGCAACACAGGACGAGUCCACUCGGAGAGGCUCCAAGGUCAGCAUCUUGAAGAUUAGACGGGAUCGUAGUCGGGCGAGUAGUCGACGGUCGCGACGGACACAAGAAGUGGCGAAUGUCGAAAAGGGCCAGGAGACGACGACUCCGACUACCCCUGAGAUGAAUGGGCCCUCGAAGCCUGAGCAGAAGAUGGGAUCCAAGCUAUUUGCGUUCCUGACCUGCUGUUCUUCGCCCGAUGUCGAUGGUGACGACAGUACCGUGCCUCCGAAGAGGACGUCGAAACAGCCACCUGCAUCGACUCGAUUGCCCACUCCAGACAAAGCAGAUGCCCAUACUGGUGACUCGAGUACCGCUGAGUCUCGGGACCCGACAUACUUCGGGGACGAGAAGGUUGUUGCGAUCACCGCCGACCAUUCUCAACCUCAAGAGGAGGAGCGCAUCUCUGAAGUUCCGGCCGAUGCGCCAGGUGAGGGGGCUUCUGCUGGGGCCAGUCAGCCUGAUGGCCCGGUGGUGGGCGCCAAAGAGCAGGAAGAUACUGCUGUGGCGGCGAAUGGGAUAAUCCCAGAGUCCAAGUCCGAUAUUCCGAGAUCAGACGAGCAGACUGCAGCGACAGAAGCUUCCACGGCUACCGAGACCACCCCGAAGAAGUCGGCGACGGGCGAGGGCGAAACCAUAGCGCAUGAAGAGGAAGUUGCACAGGCAUCGGCCGUGCUUCCCCCUCCACCACCACCACCGGCCCCUGAGGUUUCCACCAUGUCGGAGGGAGGUCAGCAGCAAUGGUUGCUUCCGCCGGCCCUGCCACACCUGUCGAACCGCAAAUGUCUGGUGCUGGAUCUUGAUGAAACGCUGGUGCACAGUAGCUUUAAAGUCCUCGAGCGUGCCGAUUUCACCAUCCCCGUGGAGAUUGAAGGUCAGUAUCACAACAUUUACGUGAUCAAAAGGCCUGGUGUGGAUCAGUUCAUGAAGCGCGUGGGUGAGUUGUAUGAGGUUGUGGUGUUCACAGCCUCAGUUUCAAAGUAUGGUGACCCCCUGUUGGAUCAACUGGACAUCCAUAAUGUGGUGCACCACCGCCUGUUCCGCGAGAGCUGCUACAAUCACCAGGGGAACUACGUCAAGGACCUUUCACAAGUAGGCCGCGACUUACGGGAAACCAUCAUCAUCGACAACUCGCCCACCUCCUACAUCUUCCAUCCCCAACACGCGAUACCCAUCAGCAGCUGGUUCUCUGACGCACACGACAAUGAACUGCUGGACCUCAUUCCGGUUCUCGAGGAUCUUGCUGGGGCGCAAGUCCAAGAUGUCAGCAUGGUUCUGGACAUUACCCUUUGA